UGGUCCCUAGUGCUGUGGGCACCCUCUAUUACCAUUCCAAGCACAGCACCUCUAGUCACCCGCGAAAUGGAGCUGGCUCGGUGGCMGGGAAAGGUUGACAGUAGUCAACGACUUCUGUGACGUCCAGACCGGAGGACACAUUGGAUCUGGCGGGGUGUCCGUCUGAAUUAGGUCGCGUUGAGCCAYCAUAUCAUCCGCGGACCUGCCGACAAAAAGCGAUGCAAACAUUUGGCUGCUGUAACGCGAUCCUAAUUCAGCACCCGCCGUCAGUAGACAGCGCCGAAUAGAUAGCUGCCUGUCUCUUCAAAGGCGUUUUCUCUGCUAAACGGUGCAUGCGGGUGGAAUGCGCAGAGUCAAGCCACUGUGUUGAAGCUGGAAAGCGGCACCAUCAAAGCGACAGCGGGACCCUAUUCACCUGCAUUUUUUUUUUUUUUUUUUAGAUAGGCAACUUCCAGUGAGCAUUUUCCACGAAGAUAAACUGGGGAAGGAAAGCGUUGGAAUGUUGCUUUGUAUGCUGGUCAUGGAUUUCUUGAAGGGCAUCAGUGGUUUCGAUGGCCAUUGUCACAGACUAUUGUAGGAUCCAUCGCAAAUUUUUUGGUGUCCUGAGUCAAGGAACCCCCAUUUACAUUGCACAUAAUUCUGUCAAAAUGCAUUGGCGCUCAUAACAGCAUUUGGGGAAGAAUGUACGCGGUACUACCCUGGAUCGAACAUAACUGAUGUUCCGUCUUCAAGGUGUGUUAGCCUAACUGCAAAGCCUGAUGGAGACCCUGUUAGUUUACCUGAUGGUACUUGGCAUGGCUGUAAAAGCCCACAAGGUCCAGGUGUGCCCAAAACGCUGUGUCUGCCAGAUGCUUAACCCCAACCUAGCAACCCUCUGCGACAAGAAGGGCCUCCUCUUCGUCCCGCCCGACAUCGACCGUCACACCGUGGAGAUGCGUCUGGGRGACAACUUCGUUACGAGCAUCAAACGACGGGACUUCGCCAACAUGACCAAACUGCAAGACAUGACGUUGUCUCGGAACACCAUCAGCUCCAUUUCGCCUCACGCCUUUAAAGAUCUGGAGAACCUCAGAGCCUUGCAUCUGGACAGCAACCGUCUGACGAGGCUCACCAACGACUCCUUCAGUGGGAUGUCCAAGCUCCAACAUCUCAUUCUCAACAACAAUCAGCUGAUUCACAUCCACAUCGGGGCCUUCAAUGAUCUCACAGCUCUAGAGGAGUUAGAUCUGUCCUACAACAACUUAGAAAGCGCCCCCUGGGUGGCCAUCCAGAGAAUGACCAGCCUCCACACCCUGGGCUUGGACCACAACAUGCUUAGCUACAUUCCUGAGGGAACCUUCUCUGGCCUGCAGAAGCUCAAACGCCUUGACGUCACAUCCAACAAGCUCCAGAAGCUUCCGCCAGACCCAGUGUUCCAACGGGCCGGCGUCUUGGCCACAUCAGGGAGCUUGGGUCCGACGUCAUUUGCGUUGAGUUUUGGGGGGAACCCACUGAGGUGUAACUGUGAGCUGCUGUGGCUGAGGAGGCUGAGGAGGGAGGAUGAUCUGGAGACAUGUGCGGCUCCGCAGCACCUGGCUGGGCGAUACUUCUGGACCGUGUCUGAAGAAGAGUUCCUCUGUGAGCCCCCUCUUAUCACCAGACACUCCCAGGAGCUGCGAGCAUUGGAGGGUCAGAGUGUAUCUCUGCGCUGUAAGGCCAGGGGCGACCCAGACCCCAUCAUCCACUGGAUCGCCCCAGACGGCCGGCUCAUGUCCAACUCCUCCCGGGCUGCGGUGCACAGUGAUGGGACCCUGGACAUCCUUAUCAGCACUGUGAAGGACUCAGGCUCCUUCAUCUGUGUUGCCUCCAACCCGGCCGGGGAGUCCCAACAAACUGUUGACCUGGUGAUCGCCAAACURCCACACAUCACCAACAGUACUGUGGAGAAGGAACAGGACCCAGGUUCUUCUGAUAUCACCACGGUAACGAGGAUGGGUGGUGGUGGGGAAGGCGGAYGAGUGGUGCCACUGGGAAACACAAAGACGAACCAGGAGAAGAAGGUGGUGAUCGCUGAGGCCACGUCUACCUCGGCCCUGGUCAGGUUCAGCUUCCAGAGGAGUAUACCGGGCAUCCGAAUGUUCCAGAUCCAAUACAACGGAACCUACGAUGACUCUCUGGUUUACAGAAUGAUCCCUCCGAGCAGUAAGAGUAUCCUGGUGAACAACCUGGCUGCCGGUACACAGUACGACCUGUGUGUGCUGGCCAUCUACGACGACCUGGUGACCUCCCUGACCGCCACGCGGGUGGUGGGGUGCAUCCGCUUCACCACCGAUCCCCAGUACCUCCGCUGCCACUUCAUGCAGUCCCAGUUCCUGGGAGGGACCAUCGUGGUCAUCAUCGGAGGGAUCAUCGUGGCGUCCGUCUUAGCCUUCAUCAUCUUCCUCAUAGUGAGGUACCGAGUCUGUAACCAAGGCGAUGAGGAUAAGGCUUUGGAAAUGGGUGAGAUCCGGUCUCUGAGCAGUGAUGGUCAGCUCCAGGGCUGUGGCGUCCCCAAGUCCAUGUCCAAGUCUCUGUCCAAGCAGAUUCUCUGUCUGGAGAAACCAGAGAAGGUGGAUAAGGAGUAUCUGAGGGUAGGCUUUCCUCCCCCUGAGCUGUUCAAGCAGCAGCGACCCCCAGUCCUGACCACCACCACAUCCACCAAGCCCUCCAUUCCUGACUGCCAGACAGAUGUGGAGUUAGAGAACACAAACCGGAAUAACUCAGCGGAAGCUAAAAUGGUUGUUUCCGCCGUUUCCACAAAAUGGACGAAGGUCGCUAGAGGGCCAAGGUCACCUGGGGGGUCCUCCCGCCACUACAUGACAGUGCCAGCAGGGGGCGUGAGGGUGAACCGGCGGCACUCUCUGAACAUGGACUCGUACAAGGAGUGCUGCUACUUCAGCCUGGUACAGCAGCAGCAGCCAAAGCCUGGUGGGGGUUUGCGCUCCAAACGCAGUCUGUCCAUGAGUGGAGAACUGCCCCAGUUGGAAAGUGCAAUGGCAAACAUACGCAGAAGCAGAGACAAGCUGUAUGGAUCCGAGUGGCUUCUCGAAAGCACUCUAUGAUCAGGAUUUUACAGGUUUAUAGGGUUUKUGUUUUCUUGGAUUGGAUUUGUGGCCUGUGGUGGAGCAGACAGUGGGGGAUUAUACCUUGUUCAGACUGUUACUGUGGUCUUUUAUCUGCAAGACCCACAGAUUCCUCUUGUAUUUCUGAAGACAAGGAGGCCGAACAGGGUUUUAAAGGGCAAAUGUUUAACAUUUGAUUUUCGACCUUAAAGCAAAUAUCCUCUCAAAGUCAUCUUUAUAUUGACUUUGGAUAAAACUGAAGAAAGGCACCAAAAAAUGUAUAAUGGAACUUCAUGUACAAAAUUGUUAAGUUGUGUAACAUAUUAUGCGAUACACCCGUAAGUGUUCACAUGGUAUUGAAUGCAGUUGGUCUAGCAUUAUUUAGAGAAAGGGAUGGACGAUCAUACUUGUUAUAACAUUGCCUGUUACUUAAAGUGAUUACAAUCACUGUGUAGACAAUGAAUGGACAUAUUUCUUGUCAUCAAUUUUCCAAACGGUUGAAGACAUGUCUUAAUUAACUCGGUGGCAUUUGGAGGGAUUGUGAAUGUGCAGAACGCCCCAGACAGAAGUGUAGAACAGAAUGUACCCAGGCUGUGUGUGACAUAGCACCCUAUUCCCUAUAGUGCACUCUGGUCAAAAGUAGUGCACUAUAUAGGUAAUAUGGUGCCAUUUAGUCUGGUGACAGAGCUGAAUAUUUUCAUCAAGCCGCACUAGAUACACAGCACAAUGCAGCAUUCAUGUUACCCGGCGGCAUCGAUUGAGCUUAAUACUGCCCUCUUGUUUGAAUCAAUACAUUUUAUCACAUAAUUACACAUAAAGACUUAUGUUCAUAGGAUUAUUGUCACAGCUGAUAUGAUACUUCAAACAAAGACAGGAUGACAAGAGCGAUAAAGGAUGUGUGGUCCAUUUUCAUGUUUUUUACUAUUAUUAAAACAUCGUUWGUCAUGUCAGGCUAAGAAUCGUUGUAAAUUGACUUGUCGGUGAAGAGAAAACGAAAGCCACAAAACGGUAUAUGAGAAGUCGGCUCUUGAUUUAACUGUUGUUUCUGUUUGAUGUUUACCAGUAUAAAUAAACCAAUGAGAAAAAGGAAUCUAAUGUAGUUUUAACCUUAUGAUAUCUGUACAGUUAUUGAUAUGCUUGUGACAUAAUUUACCAGGUACCUAUAGAGAGCAAUGUUGACUAUUUGUAGGCACUAACUCCGCCAUGGUCCGUUGAACAAA